GGUAAAAGAGCACAGACAGAGACAGACUGUACUCUCUCAAAAAAAAAUAGUACAGCAUUAUUGCAAUAGCGUGUUGCUGAGAAAAUAUAUUUUGAGAAAUUCAAGGCACAAUAAAACUAUAUUUGUGAUGUUAUUAAUUUACUGAUAUCGGUAAAGAAGAGAACUAGUGAAUUCUUAAAAUGGCUGACGAUUUAAGAAAUUAUAAAUUGCAACUACAACAGGUGGAAGCAGCGUUACUUACGGAUGCUCAGAAUGAGGAGUUGCUGAAAUUAAAAACUGACUUGGAGGAAGUAAUAGAGUUGACUCAAGAUCUUAUAAAAACUCAAGAUGGUGACUCCAAAGUUUCUAAUAUUCAUGGUUCUAGUAAUGAUCAUGAUGUUACAGCUUCCCUGUUGGCGGCCGAGGAUGACGAAACCACGCACAAGUUCUUUUCAAAUUGGCAAGUUGGUGAAAGAUGUCUAGCUAAGUGGAGAUCAGAUGGACAAUUCUAUGAAGCUCUUAUUGAAGAUGUUACGGAAGAAAACUUAAAAGUAAAGUUUGAUGGCUACAGUAGUCUAGAAGUAGUAUCUGUUAAUGAUGUUAAGACUUUGCCAGGCUCAGGCACUAAGAGACCACACAGCGGAGAUGAAAGCAAACAUGGAAAAGGUUACAACAGAGAAUACCUGAAAAAGAAAAAGCAGAAAAAACAACAAAGGUUUAAACAAAUUGAAGAGGAAAGAGAAAGUGAAAAGAACAAAUGGCUCUCAUUUCACACCAAAGCUGCCAAAAAACCAGGUGUUAGGACUAAGAGCAUUUUUGCUUCUCCAGACAAUUUAACUGGCAGAGUUGGCAUUGGCACUUGUGGCAUAUCAGGAAAACCUAUGACUGAGUACACACCAGGAGAAAAGUGGAAGAAAGGAGGAUAAUAAAUGUGAAAUGGUGGUUAGUAUAAGUUAGACUUACUAAAUCCAACACUGUGCUCCAAACCUGUAGUUCUACAUAACUGGAAGGGAUUGUGUGAUUUAUGUACAAAAACUUGAAACAGGAUAUCAGAUUUUCAGAUAUUGCAAUAAAUUGUGCCCAUACACAUUAAUGAAUUCAUGUAAUAAAACACUUAUGGUUAUAUAUA